CCACUUCCGGUUCCGGCCGCGGCGAUGAUGAUGGAGGAGGAGGAGGAGGAGGCGCACGCGGAGGCGGUGGACCGCUGGCAGGCCGGCCUGGCGCGACUCGUCAGGGACCCGCUCCUCUGCGACCUCCCGGAGCAGGUGACCCCCGAAGAGAUCUGCUCGCAGGUGGCGCUCGAGUACGGCCAGGCGAUGACGGUGCGCGUGCGCAGAGUGGACGCCCCCGAGGCACCCAUGCCCGUGGUGGUGGUGCAGAGCGCGAGCGUCCUGGAGCUGAAGAAGGCGCUGCGGAGGUUCGUGCAGCUGCGGCAGGAGCGCCAGAGCGGCGCCAGGCACAUCAGCUGGAGGCACGUCUGGAGGACCUACAGCCUGACCUUCGGGGGAGAAAAGCUGGCCGACGACCGCAAGAAGCUGCGGGAGUACGGGAUUCGCAACCGGGAUGAGGUCAGUUUUGUGAAAAAGCUCCGGCAAUGAAGUCCCAGGCAAGUCCGGCUUCUCGUCCCUUCCUAGCCUGGCCAUGUGGCUCUGGAUCCCGACUCCUGCUGGGGCUUCCGGGCAGGACUCCUCGUGGCCCCAAAGCCUCGGCAGCUGGCCUGGAGAAGCUGUCGCCCACCUCCCAUCUUCCCAAAGUGGCCCGAUUUUGAGGGGGUCUUUGGGGUCCAUUGGGAAGCUUUUCUCAUUGAGAGGCAACCAUCGCUGCUGCCCUUUGGGAACCUCUUUAAAAGGCUCCGGAGAGGAGGAGCCGCUUCAGACCGGCUUUGCUUCAGAGAACCAAACACCCCACCCCCCACCCCCACC